AUGUCUAAUAUUAAUAAUAAUAAUAAUAACGAAAUGAAAAAUAACGGGAAUACAGAUGAAUGGAUAAAUUGGAUUGAAGAAGCGAUUGAUAAAGAAUAUUUAAAAUAUUAUGAGUAUGAAAAUUUUAAAAAUAUUCAAGAAAUUGGAUCCGGAGCAUUCGGAAAAGUUUAUCGUGCAAAUUGGAAACAUUUUGAAGAUUAUUUAGCGUUAAAAUCUUUUUUUAAUCUUAAUAACGUCACCAUAAAAGAAAUUGUUAAUGAGCUCAAACUUCAACUUGACGUAAGCUUUCAUAAUAAUAUUAUUCGCUUUUGCGGAAUUACAAAAUUUGAAUCAGAAAAUAAAUUCGACCAAUCAAAAAAUUAUUUGUUGGUAAUGGAGUACGCGGACGGUGGUACUCUUCGAGACUAUUUAAAGUAUAACUUUAGUAGACUUACUUGGAUCGAAAAAUAUAACUUGGCUUAUCAAUUAGCUUGUUCUAUAUCAUGUCUACAUGAUGAAGGAAUCGUUCAUCGAGAUUUGCAUUCUCGUAAUGUGUUGGUUCAUCAGAAUUCCAUCAAGUUGGCAGACUUUGGGUUAUCGAAAAGGAUUGAUGAUGCAACAAAAACACAAUCAAAAUUGCUUGGUAUGAUUCCUUAUAUUGACCCAAAAGUAUUAGUGGAUGAAAAUUUAAAGUUAAAUGAAAAGAGCGAUGUAUACAGUAUUGGAGUAUUAUUAUGGGAAAUAUCAAGUGGAAAUUCACCAUUUCAUGAAAAGACAAAUAAGGUUAGUUUAAUCUAUAGUAUUUUGCAAGGUAAAAGAGAAGAGAUUAUUCCUGAUACUCCUAUUGAUUAUUCUAAUCUCUAUACUGAUUGUUGGAAUGGUGAACCAAGUAAACGACCAUCCAUACAUGAAGUUGUUGAUAGGUUAAGAAAAUUUGUUAUAAAUUCAAACAGAAUAACAAUUUAUCAACAGAAUGAUAUGUCUAAUCAAACUAAUAUCAAGCCAAAUGAUAAUCUAGGUUCAGUUAAUAGUGGAAAUUCGUUAUCUGGGGAAUUUUCUCAAGUGAUCAAAAAUUUUGGUAAUACGAAUUCAAAUGAACUAGAUAUGAUGUUUGCAGAUAAAUUCAGAGAUAAAAUUUCAUCUGAGAAAAUAAGCAUAUUAGUUAAUGAAGUAGUUGAUCUCAUUUUUAAAGAGAUUAAUGAAAGAAAUGUUGCAAAGCGACGUCAUGUUCUCAAUUAUCUUAAUAAUCAUAAUGUGAAUUCAAAAGAAAUUUAUGAUUGGUUAUUAUCUAAUGAAUCUAGUAAUACAAGUUUUAUUUUUUUACUUGGAUAUUUUAAUUAUGUGGGGAUUGAAACAACUAAGAAUUAUGAGAAAGCUUUCGAUUUAUUUAUUAAUGCACUAGAUAAGGAUAGCCUAUUAAUACAAUUUUUUGUUGGAGAAUGUUAUGAAAAUGGAAAUGGUGUUACAAAGAAUGAAAAUCUAGCUUUUGAAUAUUAUGAAGAAUUGUCCGAUAUAGGGUAUGCAAUGGGUCAAUUUAAAUUAGGCUGGUUUUAUGAAAAUGGAUUAGGCGUUAAAAAAGAUUUUAAAUUAGCAGCUCAAUUUUAUGAAAAAGCUGCAAAUAAUGGACAUUUGUUAGCUAUGCAUAAUCUUGGAAAUUUCUAUAGACGUGGGGUCGGUGUUGAAAUGAAUCAUCAUAAAGCUUUUGAAUUAUUUAAAAAAUCAACUGAAGGAAAAUAUUCAGGUGGAAUAAUGAUGUUAGGAUAUUGUUAUGAUCUUGGUAUUGGAAUUGAUAAUGAUAAGCAAAAGGCAGUUGAGUUGUAUGAAAAAGCAGCAAAUUUAGGACAUAAGGUGGCUCAAUAUAAUCUUGCUAUGAUGUAUGAAAUAGGUGACGUAGUUGAAAAAGAUUUAGAUAAAGCAAUUUAUUGGUAUGAAAAAUCUGCUAAGCAAGGAGAUAAAGAUGCUCGAAAUAAGUUAGAUGGAUUUAUAUAA